CGUCAUUCCAGACCCUGCACUGUUCCGGAAGAGAGCCGUGUCGUCUCUCCAUAUUCUUUCCAGGUGGUCCACUGGCGCAACGAUGGUGGCGAAGCCUGAAAAUGCGCCAAGAUGAUAUUGAUGAAUGAAACCGCGAGCUAAGAAAAUCCGUAGCCGGAAACCCUACGAAUCCGUGAUGUUCCUCCACGAUCUUGGCAUACAAUUCGUUGGCACGCCCUUUUCGACUCAUGGUAAGGUUCCAAACUAGACGUGCGAUAGCAGCAAACACAGACAGCGGGCUCAGAGCCUCAGACGACAAGGCAGUCAACGGAAAGCGGCCAGAAUUGGUCUCGCCGCUAGGCACGGGUAGAGUCCAGCGCAGAAAAGAGCUGGAAUGGACGAUUUCUUCUGAUGAAAUGUGAAGGCCGAUGAGGAAUGUGAGUCACCGACGAGACUAGGAAGUGGCAGACAAAGCGACAAGAAUGUCAAGGAGCCAGCAGCGGAUGAGCACAGUGCUCGCCCCGGAGGCUCGUUCCAAGGAUCCAGCGCUGCAUCUGGGCGCGGACGUCCUGCCGAGCGGACAAGUGUGAUGCGAUGAGUCACUCUGGGGAAUAUUUGGCACUGCAACGAAAUUGGUCGACUUCCUGUGGCUGGGUUGGCUUGAGACGCGAGCGCCGCAUGCAGUCCGCGGGGGAAUCACAGAAGACGCAGGCCUUCAGAUGAGAAUAGGUGUGUGUGCGGAGAAUGAGGACGUCGGGUGAUGGGGCCGCGGCAGCGGUAGCUCUAGGACGCUCUGGACAAGUGAGUGGAAGCGGGUCCGGACUCACGACGCUCUGCAGCGAACCGUGAAAGAAUAAUGGAAUUAAUUUAGCGAGAUUGUGCAUGGCACAUGGAGCUCUUUGGAAAGCAUGCGUGCUUCGUUCAGCAGCGCCACAAUUCAGCUGGCUUGCUCGGUAGCCUCUCUUCCUCUGCCAUCGUCGGCACUGACUUCUGUCCUCGCUGGUCUCCGUCCCAGUUGCUUCUGCUUCCAAGAAUCUCCCACGCCGUCGUUUCAAGAACGUCCGACCGAAAGUACUGGACGUUGUGGCAAUGGGUUUGCCAGCGUCAGGACCAGCGUGCGGACCGGCUCCGGGUCGAGACCAGAGCCACCGUCAGUGCGCGACGAAGAAGCAUCAUCGGCCGGAGGCGAAGCACGUCACGCAGACCCGAGGGAAGCGGCGGCGUCAAUGUGGACUUGGAGCUAGAGAUUCUCGCGUUCAUGCUCCAAUCAACAAAUUCGAACGCGUUUCCCAGCAAGGAAGAGCUUCUUUGUGCUGGUCGUCAUGAUUUAGUAGAUGCGAUAAUUUCAGAAGGAGGCUGGUUAGCAGCUGGGUGGGAGAAGAAGGCAAAUGUUUCUUCCCUAGGCAGUGGUGUUCCGGAAAUUGCUCACCGUCCUCCAUCUCGUCAACGAGCUCUCAGGAGCAAAACUAAAGCUGUUCGUUCUUCUCGUCAGCGAAGAGGCCGACCCAAACCCGUGGAAAGGAGAGCUCUGUCAAAUGACGAAUCGACGUGUGAAAAUUCGGAGCCAAAUGAAUCCCAGCAGGAUGCAACACAGGGGCGAUCGGAUGGGGAGAAUAUUGGUUCUGAACGUCAGCGACGGGAACAGUAUCGAUGACAGUGGAGCCGCUCCCUCGGAACCCGCUGAGAAAGAUCGAAACUUCUCUUCAGAUGGGAAGCCAGCGCUCCCAUUUUCCGAAGUUAGAAAAGAUCAGGGUAGCAGAUUCCCAAGUCCUUCCGUGCAGUAUCUUUGGGAGUUUGGAAGUCUUUCGCAUUUCAUUGAGGAUCGAAAGCUUGAUACAACGAGUGGGAUGAUGCAAAGACAACAACGGGGCCUUUCCGACCAUUCGUCAGUCAGAAAAUGUAGAUCGGACUCGGGAGUGGCCAAGCGUGGCAGUAAGAUCUGCGAUAAAAAAUAUACCUCGGGUGAUGCCAAGUCAAAGGAUGACAGCUUCGUUAAAAAGGCAGGGUUACGUAGAGCCAGGCAAGGUUCAAAAUGCGAGCCGGGAAGGAAUGUAAAUAAAGGGUUGGAUAGUGCAUGUACAGUGAAGCAGGAUUCGAGGGUCGAUUUGCCAGUGAAUACUAAAGCAGAGCUUGACAAUGGACCCACUUUGGGGCAAGAUUCGAAAGGGAGUGAAGGAACAUUGGGUGCUGCAGCUCAAGGUGUGCAGGACCUCGAAAAUAGACAGGUUCCUAUCCCUCAACCAAAAGUGGACAAACCUGUUAUUUCCGAGCAGGAAACUAGUAUUAAUAAAGCUUCGAGUUCGGAAGAACAGCCUUUAGAAUCCCCAACGAACGAACCAAGCUCAAGAGAGCUUAUUAUCGAUGCGGAGGCCAAGAUUAAAGAGGAGAAGAAGCAGAAAAAGAAGAAGCGUAGAAAAAUGAAGACAGAGAAACCUGUGGAGGUCGUCAAUGAACCCGUAGAAUCGAAUGGGACCUUGGACUGGAUAAAUCAGAUGGUAGAUCAAAGGGAAAAAUGGAUGCUUGAAGCGAAGCCAAGCAUCGAAGAAGGAACCUCAGACAAGCCCAAGUCAGUUCAGGACAGAAUACGCAGCCUUGAAGAUAAGCUCUCUGCCACUCGCACGGCUUUGCAAUCUGGAAGAGAGGCACUGGGACGGAAAGGAGACGAACAAGAGCAGCCAAAUAUACCAUCUGAUCAGUCGCAUUUGCAGAGGUUGUCUAAAUUACGAGACGCUUCGGAUCAGUUAGAGUACACUGAGAACAAGAUCCUCCGGACUUACUCUGAGCUUACCACGACCCGUGCCCAAGUUGCAGCUUUAGAGGGCAAGCAUGGAUUGGAGAUAAGGGAUGUUCUCAAGGUCUCGGAAGAUAAGGUGAAGAAGAUAGAGAAGGCAACAACGGGCUUACAGUCCCUGCUGCCAGCUCGUAUCGUGUGGCCCAAUCCUGCCAAAGAGGUCUUUCUGAUUGGAUCUUUUGAUGGUUGGAACCAAAAGAUCAAGAUGGAAUUGUCUGGUGCUGGAGUAUUUUUAGCAACCGUGCCCCUUCAUCCAGGGCGCUAUGAGAUAAAGUUCAUUGUGGAUGGAACGUGGAGGGUGGAUACUGCACGUCCUAUUGUCUACGGUGGAGGAUACGAAAAUAACGUACUGACCAUACCUGAAACGUUCCCCUGGAGACACUGAUGUAUUUUAGUAGGUCCAAGUGAGUUAGUGGGGGCAUGCAUCUCGUAGAAUGAACAUGGCGUUUUGAAAUUGAAGGUUGAGUGAAAUACUGAGCAAAUUGAGAUUAAGCUCAGCUUCUCUCUCCGAAGUUCGUCUCGAAGAGAUCAAGAUGCAUCAUUUCGGAUAUUGAAUCCAUUCAGUAGUUAAUCAGAAGUAGAAUUCUGUACAGGAGUUACAAAACAUUUCAAGUUACAUAUUUCUGAUGCCACUCCGGAGGUGAUGGCGGCAUCUGAAGUUAGAAUUGUUGCGUCGUAGAGUAGACCAAUGCAGGAACAUACUUCGUACAUCCACACCAUGUGGAAAACUGUGCUGAGGAGCUAAUUGACCUUUUACUCCAUGAUUCUUCUAUUGUCAGAACACUGAUGUCCUGUAAUCCUUGUGCACAGCUUUUGCAAAGUUUGUUCAUUGACAGGAAGACAUGAAUAUAACAGCUCAAGUCGAUCCCUCUGUAAAAGUAUCCAACUUCAUCAUAAGAGCAGGAGUUGAAACUCACGGAUUUUCAAACAUCAGAUUCAC